UAUCGUUUUCGUAUCCAAUUAUUCUCGCUCUUGUGUGUCGCAUUCCCGUCUCCAUCUUAAUCCUUGUUAAUUCUUACAUGUCUCGUUCUGAUUUUGGGCUAAAUAAUGUGCAUGUUCUUCGUCAAACUGUGUAUUUAUUAUCGUUAAUGACAAUUAUUCGUGACAAAGAUACUAGUCAUUCAGAAUUUGUCCGAACGUCAAAUAUGAUCAUCAACAUGCUGGUACAAGAGGCAUUGAAUUAUGUCCCCAUGAAGAAACGUCUUAUUGUUAGUGGUUCUGGCGGUACGUACAACGGACUAGAGCCUGCUCAAAAAAUAUGCGGUGUAAGUAUUCUGAGAGCUGGUGAAAGCAUGGAACAUGGCCUGAAUGCUGCUUUUCAAUCUGUGCCAAUUGGAAAAAUCCUUAUCCAAAGAGAUGAGUUGACUUUCGAGUCAAAGCUUUUAUUCUGUAAAUUGCCCAAAAAUAUCGAAACCUAUCUGGUUUUCCUUAUGGACCCUUUAUUGGCAACCGGGAAUUCUUCUAUUCUUGCCGUACAAGCACUAUUACGAAAAGGCGUACCGGAGGAAAAUAUUGUUUUUCUCAAUUUGAUAUGCUGUUCCCAAGGCAUCGAGAAUAUAGGAAAGCAAUUUCCUAGACUCAAGCUGGUUACUGCAGCUAUCGAUCCAGAACUAAAUGAUCAACGCUAUGUUUUACCUGGUUGUGGAGACUUUGGAGAUCGCUACUUUGGUACUUGUUAAACCGUCUGUAAACAUUUGCACAUAAAACGCCAUGUAUGCUUACGAUUCUUUUUACCUUGUAUAUCUAUUUAUGUAAGAAUAUAUAUUGUUGAACAGACUAUGCAAUAAUGUCUCAUUUAGUUAAGUGAAUAAAUAUACAAUAGACGAAUAUGGGAAAUUAUAAGGGUUAUAUAAAGUCGUUGUCC